AUGGGCAAGAAGAGCUUCAGGGGAAAGAAUAGAAGAGGCGGCGGCGGCGGCCGAGGAGGAGGCGCGCAGGACAGAGGCGGCUGGAGAGACUAUCCCGUCAUCCCCAAGGAGAACGAGAAGCUUCAGCGCUUCUACGAUACCUUGCUUCAGCUCCCCGAGGAGGAGAAGAAUGCUUACUGGGAGGCUCUCAGACGCGAGCUCCCCAACAGCUUCAGGUUUUGCGGUUCCAAAGGUCACGCCCUCACCGUCAAGGGCCUCCUUCAGACCAGAUACAUCCCCGAGAUCGUUAACAUCGAGCACCAGGAUGGUCGCCCUGUCGAGCCCCCUCAGCCUGUGCCUUGGUACCCCGACGAUUUGGCCUGGUGGAUGACCACUCCCAAGAACGUCAUCCGCAAGUUCCCUCCCUUCGCCGCAUUCCAAAAGUUCCUGGUCUCCGAGACGAGCGUUGGAAACAUUAGCCGACAGGAAGUUGUCAGCAUGAUUCCUCCUCUGCUGAUGGACCUCCACCCUGGCAUGACCGUCCUGGACAUGUGUGCCGCGCCUGGAAGCAAGGCGGCGCAGCUGCUUGAGAUGAUCCACCAGGGCGAGGAGGCUCGUGUUCGCAAGGUUCUCCGAUCUUUCGCCAAGGAUGAUGGUUUGGACCUGGGCGCCGAGACGCAAGACGAGAUCGAGGCCGAUCUGGAAGCCGACCCUAGCGAUGCCGGAAGAGCUACUGGUAUGCUCAUCGCCAACGACUCUGACUACAAGCGCGGCCACAUGCUUGUUCACCAGUUGAAGCGACUCUCUUCCCCCAACCUUCUCGUCACGAACCACGACGCUACUCAGUUCCCCUCCAUCAGGCUCCCCCCCAGAGAGGGUAACAGCAAGCCCACCUAUCUCAAGUUCGACCGUAUUCUGGCCGAUGUCCCUUGCUCCGGUGACGGAACUCUGCGCAAGAAUGCCAACAUCUGGAAGGAUUGGCAGCCUGGCAGUGCCCUGGGUCUGCACCAGACUCAGAUCCGAAUCCUGGUGCGAGCUCUUCAGCUGCUCAAGGUUGGCGGCCGAGUCGUCUUCUCCACCUGCAGCAUGAAUCCCGUCGAGAACGAGUCCGUCGUUGUCUCUGCCAUUGAGCGAUGUGGCGCUGAAAACGUCGAGAUCGUCGACUGCAGUGACCAACUCCCCAACCUGAAGCGAAACCCUGGCAUGAAGGACUGGAAGAUUAUGGACAAGAGCGCCAGGAUCUGGAGUUCUUGGAAGGAGGUUGAGGACUUUGCCAAGGAGAGCCCUGACAACGUCAUCCCCGGAAGAGUUGUCGAGACCAUGUUCCCUCGGGUCGAGGGCUCUGACUGCGCUGAUCUGCCUCUGGAACGCUGCAUGAGAGUUUACCCCCACAUGCAGGAUACUGGUGGCUUCUUUAUCACUGUUUUGGAAAAGAAGUCCGAGUUCAAGGCUCGAAACGAGAACGAUCCCGGACCUCGGGCCCAGCCCAAGGCCAACGGCGAGGCCAAGGCUGCUUCCGACGAGAAGGAGCCUGCUAAGGAGGAGGCUGAGGCUGUCCCCGCUGCCACUGAGGCCGCCCCUGCUGCUGAGGAAGCCAAGCAGGAGGAUGUCGCUAUGGCGGAUGCAUCCACCAACGGACAUAAGAGGCCGCUGGAGUCUGAGGAUGCUGAGGACCAGCCCGCAAAGAAGGCCAAGACCGAAGUCGAUACGUCAGCCAGCGCCACGCCUGUCCCUCAGGCUCAGGCAAAGAACCAGGAGGGCAGCAAGCCUCGCCGAAACGGCCCUGUUGAGGAGCCCUUCAAGUACCUUGACCCAGCUCACCCAACCGUCCAGAACAUUAAGGACUUCUACCACAUCUCUAGCCGUUUCCCCGAUGAUCGGUACAUGGUGCGAAAUGAGAUGGGUGAGCCCGCCAAGGCCAUCUACUACACCAGCGCUCUCCUCAGGGACAUCCUGUCCGAGAACGAGGGCCGUGGAAUCAAAUUCAUCCACGGCGGUGUUCGCAUGUACAUGAAGCAGGACGCCCCGUCCGCCGAGGUCUGCCGAUGGCGCAUCCAGGCUGAGGGUAUGCCCAUCCUUCAGGGUUACGUCGGCGAGCCCCGCGUCGUCCACCUCCAUAACAAGGAGACCUUCCGGAAGCUGCUCAUCGAGAUGUUCCCUCGCAUCAACGAUGGCAAGUGGGAGCGAUUCGAUGAGAUUGGCGAGCGUGUCCGUGACAUCGGUAUGGGCUGCGCCGUCCUUCGUAUCGAGCCUGACGGUUCGGAUCCCGACUUUGCUGAGCGUAUGGCUCUGCCUAUCUGGAAGAGCAUUCACUCGCUCAACCUCAUGUUGCCCAAGGAGGACCGAUCUGCUAUGCUCCUGCGUAUUUUCAACGACACCUCCCCUCUUAUCAACGUUACUUUGGAGAAGCAAAGGGUCGCCCAGCAAGCUAAGGAGGCCGAGGUUGAGGCUGGUGAGAAGGAGGCGGUUGACGUUGCGGAUCUUCCUUCACCUGAGGAGCCUGCUGCGGAGCCGGUAAAGGAGGAGGCAGCUGGCGAGACAAAGGCUGAGGAGGCCGCGUGA